UGAGAACCUCUAUAAAAAGCCAAUGGCUUAUAGCUAGCUGUGUAUCUCAAAUUAUCAUGAAGUUCCAAAGUUUGGCUGCCAUGGCUGUUGCACUGCCUUUUCUCCUUAUAGCUCUUUCUCUGGAUUUUGCAGUCGCCCAGAUCGGCAUCGCGUACGGGCGGAACGGGAUGGGACUACCGCUCCCGCCCCGAGUUGUGGAGAUACUCAAGCAAAACAACAUCCGACGGGUGCGGAUCUACGACACCGACCACCCGACCCUCGACGCCCUCCGAGGCUCCGGCAUCGAAGUCACCGUCGGCAUCCUCAACCAAGAUCUCGGCCCCCUCGCCUCUGACCCGAACGCCGCCGCCAGCUGGGUCCGCGACAACAUACAACCGUACCACCCAGACGUCACGUUCCGCCACGUCGUCGUCGGGAACGAGGUCAUGCCCGGGAACCCGGACACCCAAAUGUUCGUCCCGCUCGUCCUCCCGGCCAUGCGCAACAUACACGACGCCUUGUCAGCCGUGCCCGGCUUGCGCGACGCCGGCGUCAAGGUCACCACGGCCGUCGGCACGGAGGUCGUGGACCCCGCCUCGAACUUCCCGCCGGAGAACGGGAGGUUCCGAGAUGAGGUGGCGCCGUACCUCGACCCGAUCGUCGGGUUCUUGUCAGACACGGGCGGCCCGCUCUUCGCCAGCGUGUACCCUUACUUCGCCUACGUGGCGGACCAAAGGGGCGCGAGGGUAAUCGACAUUCGGUACGCUCGGCUCGACCCGGAUUUCCCGGGGGUUACGACAGUGUACGGGAACACGUACAAGAAUUUGUUUUACGCGCUACUCGAUGCGGUGAAUGCGGCCGUGGACAAGAGCGUUGGGAAGAUGGUGAGAACGGAUGCCGGAAAUCGGCAGCCGCCGGACGUUGUUUCAGGGGAGAGCGGAAACCCGACUCCUCCAGGCCGUGGAGGCCGGACCGUGGGAAAGAAUUCCGGCGAUGAGGUGGCGGCAGAAGCUGUCGAGGGAGGGGAUAUGGGGACCACCGAGAACGCGGCUCGAUACAUAAACAACUUGAUACAGGCGGUGAAGAGCGGGACGCCGCUAAGGCCCGGAAGGCCUAUAGAGACAUACAUUUUCGCUAUGUUUGACGAGAGCGAUAAGCCCGGGGAUGAUGCCGAGAGGAAUUUCGGGAUCUUUAAGCCUGACGGUGAGACCAAGUACCCAAUCAAUUUCAACUGAAGGCUGCCAUUGUCCAUUGAUGGGUUCUGUUAUAAGUAUGCUAGCUAUCACAAUGUAAUGAAUAAGUGAAGUGAUUGUAACAAACAUUUGGAAUUAAUAAGGAAAGUUAUAUAUUGAUGAUGGGGCACAAGUGAGCUUUUUAUAGAGUUGGCUAGUGUCGGCAAAAAUUAAACAGUUUGAGUUUGUGUGUAGUGGUAAUGAGAUGAUUAGAUUAAUAAAUACUCACCCACUCAAAUCCUCAUCCUAUUUUUUAGUAAAUACACCCGUUUUGAAAUUUACAUACCGCUAUACAUUUAAUAUAAAUCAUCGUAUUUUGAAGGCAUUUGCCCGUAAAAACAUAGACAUUAAUGGAGAAUUUCGUUUUAAGAGCCCAAUUUCGCCUUUAUUCCAAUUCGAAUAUGAACAUACCUUGUAUGCUUACUUACCUCAUCCUAGCCAUCUUGUUACCACCAAAUAGUCACACACACAUUCUGGUCUUUUUAUCAAAUGAUCAAUGAUACCUCAACAACCUCAUUAUCUCUAUUCAAUGAAUGCUGUCAAACUGCUAAAAUGUAAAAUCAACUCCUUGAUUACUCAGUUAAUGUCAGAAUCUAAUCACACUGUUCGAAGGAAAAACAAAUCAUAUCACUAUACGUAGUUCCUUAAAGAAACCAAAAGUACCUUUCAUCUACCUAUAUAUGCAUGAGAUUGCAAAAUAAAAGGAGAAAAAUUCAAAAUUAGAAAAGCCACGAACAUACGAUCCAAACACUGUCAAUCAAAA